CCUGGGCGGCGGCUCCUGCGAGCCCCAGGCGGGCGCGGCCGUGCGGGUGGGCUGCGCCGCGGGCUUCUGGGGAGACACGGCGGCCUCAGGUACCGGGGGAGCGGGGCCGGGGAGCGGGCUGGGGAGAUGCAGCCGCUCCUGCCCCCCGCAGCGCGCGCCGCGCCGCCACACACCGCACGGCCUCCCGGCUGGGGUCGCCCAGAGCGCUGGGGUGGGGUGACAAGCCAGCAAAACAAGCCUCUCGUCACCGGAAGCGGACGGGGCGGGCGCGUGUGUCCCGGGAGCGCGGGGUGGGCGGCGCGCGGAAUGAGAGCCGCCGCCGCGCCUUGCCCCGCUCGCCCCCGGGCGCAGGAGCAAAACUGAGGCAGCCCCAGGAGUGGGAGUGCGUAGAGCCCGCGCUCCGUCAGCUCCCGUCCCGGGCGAGGCGGGCCAGGCGACUCCCCAGCCAGGGAGACGUAAGCUCAGAAAAUUGUCGGACCCACUUGAUUGGAAGGAGCAUUUCUAGUGGCAUUGGCAAAGCCAGCACGGGGCCUCAUCUCACCCCCCUCCUUCUGUGUCCUAGUUCCUCAGCUUCUCUAUGGAGGAAAACUGGAUUUUCUGGUUUUUGAUUAUCUUUCUGAAAUUACGAUGUCUCUGUUGACCGCUGCAAAAGCCAAAUCGCCAGAUUUGGGUUACACUCCUGAUUUUGUGUUGACUGCAAUGGGUCCCUAUAUUAAGGACAUUCACAGGAAAGGGGUUCGUGUCAUUAGUAAUGCUGGUGGAAUGAAUCCACUUGCGUGUGCUGCUGGUCUUCAAGAGGUGGCAAAGAAAGCUGAUGUUGAUUUGAAAAUAGCUGUUGUUGCUGGAGAUGAUCUGAUGGGCGAGAAAGACAACCUAAAAGGAGCUGGUAUCACAGAUAUGGAGAGUGGGAAGCCAUUUCCGGAGAAUAUUCACAGCAUGAAUGCAUAUCUUGGAGCAAGACCAAUAAGCAGGGCUCUUGACCUUGGAGCUGAUAUUGUUGUGACUGGUAGAUGUGUUGACAGUGGCAUUGUAUUAGGACCACUCAUUCAUUCUUUUGGCUGGAACAGGGAUGAGUUUGACUUAUUAGCAGCUGGAAGUCUUGCAGGCCAUCUCAUUGAAUGUGGUGCUCAGUGUACAGGUGGAAUAUUCACAGACUGGCAUACGAUUCCAGACUGGCAUAACAUGGGGUUUCCCAUUGUAGAAUGUUCUUCUGAUGGACACUUUACUCUAUCCAAACCACCUGACACAGGGGGCCUAAUCUCUUUUGGCACGGUGGCUGAACAGUUGGUGUAUGAAAUUGGCAACCCUCAGCAUUAUCUCUUGCCAGAUGUCACAUGUGACUUUUCUCAAGUUUCCAUUACUGAAAUUCCAGGUAUUGAAGGUGGGGCAGUGAAAAUUCAUGGAGCAAAAGGAUCACCACCUUCGACGUUUUAUAAGGUAAAUGCCACUUACCUGGAUGGUUUUAGAGCUACAGCUGUCUGCCCAGUGGUAGGGCCAAAGGCAAUGGAAAAGGGAAGACAAACUGCGGAAAGCAUUCUGAAAAGGACUCGCCUUAUUUUCAGUCAGCUUGGAUAUGAAGAUUACUGUGCAGUUAACAUACAGAUUUUAGGUUCUGAAGAUACAUAUGGACCCCAUGCUAAAAAGAAAGUAGAUGAUGGUCCACGGGAAGCUGUUAUCUGGCUUGCUGUACACCAUAAGCAGAAAAAGGCUGUGGAAAUCUUCUCCAGAGAGAUUGCACCAGCUGGAACUGGAAUGGAUAAGAUCUUUGGAAGGAGGACAGACUGUUCCCAUGUGUUUAAGUGCUCUCUCAAUGAGAUCUUAAUCCUGAUUGCAGUUGCACCUGGUCUUACAGCAGUUGUUGGAGGACGUCCAAGAGUGUCUCCAGUUCUGAAACCAUUUUUCUUCCUUUAUCCCAAAAGAAAUGUCAAGAUCAACAUCUUUUUGAAUGGACAGCAUGUUGAAACAUUUCAGGAAGAUCUUACAUUUACGUCAGAUGCAGUUGUCUCACUUGAUUCACCAAAGACUGAUGAUGAGUUAAAAGAUCUGCCAUGUGGUCCACAUACAUAUCGUUUAGAAGAUCUUGCUUAUACUAGAAGUGGGGACAAAGGCAACUCUGCAAAUAUAGGUGUGAUAGCACGACAUCCCCUCUACUAUCCAUACCUAAAGAAAACUUUAACUGCUCAAGCUCUGGAGGAUUAUUUCCAGCAUCUUUUAGAGAGAGAACAACCUGAAGAGAAGUUAGUCUCAAGAUAUGAAUUGCCAGGAAUACACGGAUUAAACUUUGUUCUGAAAAAUUCCCUUGGUGGUGGUGGUAUUGCAUCCUUAAGAAGUGACCCACAGGGCAAGGCAUUUGGACAGAUGUUACUGGAUUUCCAGAUAAAAAAUGUUCCAGAUUUAAAGUCCUUAAUAGAAUAAUGAUUAUUAGGUUCAUCUGUUUUUAAAACUCUGAGUACAAACAAACAAACAUGCUAAACAAAAACUAGCUUCUUGAGUCAAAUUCAAGAAACUUCAAACUAAACUGGUGGUGACAGUUCUCUCUCUCAGGCUUAACUGUAAGGCACAGAAAAGUGAAUAUUUUGAGUAUUACCAGACAAGUAGAUUUGUCUGUGACUAAUAGUAUUUCCUAUCUAGUUAAUAUAUUGGAUAAAGAGUUAAUUUAUUUCCUGUAAAAUAUAAUAAAGAAAUAAAAUAAAAAAUAACAAUUUUACAGUGAGAUAACCAGACAACCACACACACUUGCAAAAUGAAAACUACCUUUCAAUCCAGUCCUCCUCUCCGUCCUUUUUUAGAACUCUUAAUAAUUAAGAGGAAUAAUAUUGUUUAACUCUAACUGCUCAAGUCCACCACCUUCAGUCUGCACUGUGAUUUUGCACAGUAUAUCCCUUAGGUAUACAGAACAGUCAGAUAACUUGGUGCUCGUCUAUUAAAAAGUCACCAUUUACCAACAACUGUCAAACUGUGGUAGCUGAGGUCAGUUUUUCCCUCUAAUUAGGGCAGUAAAUAGCUGUAGUAACUCUCACACCACUGUAUGGUGACUGAUGGUGAAUAUUGACUUUGAAUGGUGACCACUAUACUUCAGGGUAUUCUGCAGUCAGUGAGAGAAAGCUGAGUGUUUUCUAUGCCCAACUUCUCUCAUUGCUUAUAACCCUUAUUUAAACAGCACUGAAGUAAUUACAAAAUGGAGCUCUCGUCAUGUGGAUUAUUUUGAAGAAGAAAAAAUGCUAACAGCCAGAUUCGAUGCCCCACUGUCUCUUGUGUGAUGCUACAAAAGGGAUGGAAUCUGGUCUUAGCACCUCUGUUGGAGAUUCCCGAAGUGCACAGGAGUUCCCAGGAGGUGCUGAGUCAGUUUAGCUGUCCCUUGCACCACCCUUCUCUACAACCCUGGAGGGGGAGCAUGUUGGGGGCAGAAAAGAGGCAUGUCUGAUUUGCACUGUGUUCCAUCUAUCCUCAGCUUCCCAAAAGUACACUGACCUAUUGUGCAUCAGAGCUGGUGCCAGAUGGUAAAUUAGAGAGCUGUAUCCAUCUCCCCGAAAAGAAACUCAGUCUAACAGAGCUUCAGGCCUGAUAAUUCUCUGUAUCUCCUACCACAGCAGAAAGAUAUGUAUGUUUGGGGGUUUUUAAAUCUCUUAGUGGACAAUGUUUAGGUACUUUUAUAUUCAGAAAUGUGUAUGUUCCUUUAUUUUCAGAAUUUAUUAACUGUUUAGUGCUGAUAAAAUUGAGACUUUAAUUAUAGGGGUUACAGCUAUGAAUGAUGUGUAGGUGCUUUGUAAGCCUCAUCAGAAAUCUUUGGCAGUGCCUCUGAGCUCUAAUCUGUUCUAUUACUGUUCUCCAUUUGCUAGCCUAUCACUAGCAAGGAUUGUAACUGAAUUUUUCCAGUUUGCAUUGUGGUUUUGUCCACUUGAGGACUAUGUUGAGAACAUCAUGUGUGGAAUCUUGACCCUAUUCAAGUCAAUGACAAAACUCUCAUGGAAUUUGAGGGGGCCAAAUUUUCACCCAUAUUAUUUUCGCUUAUGACCUAAACAGAAUGUAAGAAGAUACUAUACUAAUUACUGUGUCAACUAGUCAUAUGUAGUAUUAUUUGUACAUCAUUAUUAAGUCUGGUUCUAAAGGCAAAUAUGGGAAAACCAUGGCUUUGUCACGGAAAAAUAUGGAAAACUCAGAAUAUUGGGGGAGGGAGGUACACAAUAUUUAAAUUGUUUACAUUUUUUUCCAUUAGAAAAGUUAAACAGCUGUCAUCAAUAGUCUGAAACCAUAUUAAGACAGGAAAACAGAAAAACCCAACAAAUAGUCAAAUUUAUUAAUAACAAUAAUUAAUGGAAGAAAGUCUUGCUCAGUAGCAGACUAAGAUGAAAAAGGACCAUGGGCCAGACCCUCAACUGGUGUAAAUCAGUGCAACUCAGUAAAGUUCAAUAGUUAUGCUUAUUUACACCAUCUGGGGAUCUGGCCCCAUGAUGUUAUUACAAUACCCUAAAAGUGAUAUUUUUGGUCAUGGAAAUCAUGGCUAUGCCAAACAUAUACAGCCUUAAUCACUGUGCUGUUUAAGUGAUUUUGUAUAUCUAUAUCCGAUUACUUUGAUAUUGAAAGUAAACUGGUAAAAAGGCUAGAUAUUUCAGUAAUUUAAAUAGUUUCUUUUAAUAUAUUUUCCAAUUGCAACUUAGUUUAGAAAUGUUUUUAAUAUUAAUUGUUUUGGGUUCCUUUUACGUUUUCUGAGUUUGUGUGUUGGUUCAGUUCCCACUUUAGAUUGUAUCUCACCCAAUUCUGUACCAAAUUAAACAUUCACUGUUGGUUAAUAUGAAAAUUGAAUGACUAAACAAUGAACACUUUAGACCCACUGGUAGUGGUGGCCUGUGGGCUGGGAGGUGCAGAGCAUUCACAACUGUACAACAGAGGCACAGUUUGUUGAAGAAUUAAACCAUGCAGUUUGAUGGAGUAGGGAAUGGAGAGGGGUUUUUCUGUCUCUGUUGGAGUUCAUACCCCUCCAGACACCACUAAACCAUCCCCAGUAGGGAUAACUUUGAGCUAUGGCUGGAUUUUGUUUGUUUGCUUUUGCAACACACUAGAUUGCACCAAGUGGCAUUUAUUUUCAUAAUAUUUUCCUUAGGGAAUGUGUCAGAAUCCCUUAGACAAAUUGUCACUGGCUUCGGAGCUCUCUAAUUUUACUGUUUCUUAUGACAGCUCUAAUUCUCAAAAUAAAAUAUGUAAUACAUCCUAAAAUGUUGCACGGUCCCUAACAGUCAAAACAGACAGUACAAUCCAUCAUAUAUUUAAAACUAAUAUUUUGAGAUAGUUUUGCCAUUUUUGUGACAAUUUAAUCUGCCCAUUAAACAAUGCACAGAAUGACUAUGUCCUGCAAUGACCAUCCAAAACAGGCUGGAGAAGUAGUGUGUUCUAGAGUUGGACUAGAGGUGAAAUGCCUUUUUAAAUUUUAAUUAUAAUGUAAUAGAUUAAACUAAUAUGUUUAGUGAAGAAAAAAAGUAUUUUCUUUCUAGAAAAAAUGUGUAUUUCCAAGGGGUUAGUUUCUUAUGUUUAUGUCUAACAGAAACCAUGAACAACUUCAAGUAAUAGAUAUAAACACACCUUGUUUUAUUUUACUGAAAAACAGAAUAGAAAGGGGAAGUGUCAAAGUAUAUGGCUUUUUUUUUCUCUUGUUUUGCUCCCCUAUUGGUUGAAAGGGAUUAGGCAUGCAGGAGCCAGAGUUAGAAAGAGCCUAAUAUAGGUGCUCAACCUGAGAUUUCCAUGCAGGACUUGAAAGUUUUGCUGCUUUUCAAAAAUAGCUGUAAUCGUCUAUUUACUAACAAAGAAAAAUGUUAUCAGUGUACAAGUUAUUAAGUUUAAAUGUAUAUUUUUGUAAUAAUAAGCAGUUACAUUGCACCUUCUAUCCAAAGAUCUGAAACUUUAUGAGCAUUAAUAAAUGAAAUCUCCCAAUACCACA